AUGUCUGAUAUCUUUACCUCGUUAGACGCCGAAGCAGCUGCUUUAAUUGAGCGUAUGUCGUGGAUGGAAGGAACCUCGCGCGGGCAUCUCUCACUUCUCGCGCAUGUCGUCAGCUCGGCGACGACUCUGAGGAGCAAUCUGGAAGAACGAGUGGCCUGGCUAGAAGAAUGGGAGAAAGACUUGGAAAGGAGACGCUUAGAGCAAGAGCGUAGCGAGAAUGAACGGAGCAACGCGCUGGUCGAUCGGGUCGAACAUCUCCAGAUAUGUCUAGAUUCUUUGUGUAAGUCGCUGGCGAAGGCCGGCGAGUUCAUAGACAAAGAAUCAGCAGAUCUCAAGGGAAAGCUGAAGGAAGCGCAGGAUGAAAUCAAAGAGAAGACGUUGGCUUCCUCCAUAGUCAUAGGCAGGAUUCACGAAGUCGCUGUUAAAUCCAACACCCUCCGCAAAGAGAUUGAAGAAGCGUGCGUCGUGAACGGUAGACUCGAGCAAGUAUUAAAAGAUAUCCGCCCUAGAAUCGCGUCGAUAAAAAAAGAGACGGCCCAGACGAAAAAGGAUAUGGCCGACCUCGCUAGCACUAACUCUUCGUUGGUCAUGCGCAACCAGGAACUAACCAAAGAUUUGGAGUCCGCGCGUAGAGAAGCUGGAGAGAAGAAUGCCGACCUAUCUAGCAAGCUCGACGGAGCCGAGAAGGAGCUCCAAUCUAAGACGGCGAGCCUAGCCGAAUCGCAGAACCGAGUUAAGGCCCUGUCUAAAGAACUAGAGGAGAUGAAGGUAGAAGGCCAAAAUGUGCAGAACGACCUAACCAACAAGCUUCGCGAAGCGGAGAAGGAGCUCCAAUCCAAGGCGAUGAGCCUUACCGACGCGAGCAAGUUACUUGCCGAGUCGCAGGAACGGAUCGGGGCCCUAUCCAAAGAGAUGGAGGCGAAGAAUGCCGAUAGCCAGAAAGCGCAAGCUGACCUAUCCAACAAGCUCGCAGCAGCGGAAAAGGCAUCCCAAGACGGGGCAGAAAGGAUUGCCGAGUUAGGUAAGUUGCUUGCCGACUCGAAUAAACGAGUCGAGGCCCUGUCGGGAAAGCUGGGUGGCGAGUCGAAAGCGCUCGAGGAGAAGUCGAAUGCUUUAUCGGAGGCGUCUCGAGAGCUUUAG